CUCUCUGGAGGUGAAGCAAGAGGAACAGUGAGGGAGAGGAAGAGGUGUGGAUUGACGCACCAUUCUGGACUACUGUGCCUGGAUAAGCAUUAUUUUUUUCUCUUCAACCUGAUCGAUCGUUUAUGUCGGCAUACUUGUUGAUGACACCGCAGCAGUCCAUUGACUUUUUCUGGAGAUAAAAAAUGACACGGAAACUGUGAAGAUGAUCUGGAAACAACAGCGCAAGCAAGGCACUGGCCACUUACGUUCCGUCCCCUCUCUUCUCGAACAACAUUCACUUGUUACUUGAACCCAGUGCCGGUUUUCCAUCGACCUGUUUAUGUGAUACGGGAUUUUAUUUUCCUUGGCGCAAGCUUGAAUGUAACUUCAGUGUAAGACUGUUGCCUUUCGUCGCGUCUACAGGCUACAUAUUGAUCAAAAUGACUCAAUGUGAAAUUCAAGACGACCCAGACAUAUGACGAUAUCUUGGAAUAGGACGAGUCAAACAACAUUAUAUUUGGUCACAUUGCUGGUCGGCAGGUGUUCAUCCGACUGCGCAUUUAGGACCGCUGAUACAUUCGACUUGGAGACGGGUUGUUUCUCCCCCCAAAUUGGUGCCGAAGAUAAUUGUUUGUUAUGAUCAAAGGAUUUACCACAAACGAGAAGGACGUGCGUCUGUGGAGAGUGUCUCGGGGAGGAAUUGUGUGUUUUGGGUGUGGAGCGCGAUUGAGGAAUGCGCACAGUGCAAUUCGUCGUCUCCACGUUAUCAGCACUCACCUCUCCACCGUGCGCAGAAAUUGACCGCUGACUGAGGUUGGUGGUUUUGGCGGGGGCGCGUGGCGGGGAUGUUGAGGCAAAUGCUCCUGAACUCCACAGCAGCGGCGCGUGGCUUCGACAUGAUGACCCAAACGCACGCGCCGCACGCGACACUGAAUGUUUCUCAGGGGCCCGUGAGCGUCGCGGCUCUCCUCAAGCCCACGGGCAGGGGCGGAGGACUGCGCGAGGGCGAGCUGAACAAACCGGAUUUGGCGACCUACGUGGUGAUGUGCCUCUUGCUGUUCCUCCUGGUACUACUGAUUGUGUUCUUCAUCAACUGUCAACUCCGGAACUCCUUCUUCGCCUCCAUGCCCUAUGACAGGUCGCUGCGAGAGGCGAGGAGCUCCUACAAGUGAACUGGGCCUUGCUGGAGCGGAGUGGACAUGGCUGAACCAAAGCACAUCAUCUAUUUGACACCUAUCUGUUUCCAUCAGUCGGGCGGGCAUGACUCCGCGCCAUGACCAGUCGAGAGCUUGUGUUGACUGACACUUGACCACGAGUGUGAAACCAUCACCAUCACUACCAUCACCAUGCCACCCCCUCCCCACACCCAUCCAGGUUGAGUGUGUGUGAGAGAUUGUGCCACUGUGUGUGUGUGUGUGUGUGUGUGUGUGUGUGUGUGUGUGUGGAUGGAUGGGUGAUUGGGUGCGCGCACGCGUAUUUGUACAGAAACAAAGAACUUUUGUAUAAUGCACUGUAUUAGGCUUAUGUAUGUAUGGGCUUGUCUUGUGCACAGUUGUAAAACCAGUCAUGUAUACCAUUAAAUUUAAUCUGACAGAUGUAACUUUUGACGCCUAUCUUA